ACAGCUCGAAACAGGCAAGGUCCUGGAUAGCUAGCUCGACUGUAUCGUUAGUGCAGAAAGCCCCACCAUGCUCUAUCAAUACCUACCUGCCUACGGUAUCUGCUGCUGUCACAUCUCGUUCACGCCCUCGGGUUAGAACUUUGAACUUUUCAUCCCAACCGUCAUCAGUGGGCUCUUAUGAGCCUGCCCAAUAUUUGCACCUUUCUUUCUCCUCCACAGCCAUUGUCCUCUCCGGGCUCGACAACACUUGUCCGCGCUCACUUACGGGCGUUGUUCGCUGCUUGCCUACCCCUCCCUCAUUUUCCAUUUAUUAUCGGAUUAUCGGACUAUCGGCACGUCAUCGUCAUCGCACCCACAGAGACCUUUUUGUACCGGUGCCGGCGUUGGUGCGACAAUUUCCUCUACGCAGUUGUAUCAAUUAUACACCAUGGAACCACGGGGCGCUGAGGCCAAGGGCCCGGCAGAACGUGGUGAGCCGCCACAAGAAUCUUCCCGCGAUGCUCCCAAACCGCCCCCCCAGCGCGCGCAUGCCGUCCGGUUCGCGAGCAAUGUGGACGAGAUUGGUCCGCCCAUUGAGGACAAGCCGCGCAAUGAUUCCUCAGCGACGCCCGAGCAACUCCAAGCCUUGACAGAGUGUUUGAACGGCACACAUCUUCAAGAGCAACGCGCUCAGAAUUACGCUUUCCAGCCUAUGUCGCUUCCACCCUCCAGAAUACCCUCCAACGAGACUACGCCUAGCGCAACCCCUCAGCAUAGCCAUAGUCCUAUGGCACCUCGCUCGCCGCAUUUUGGCCCCAGCAGCUCAGGUCUCACGCCUCCAUUAACACCUGCUGGAACAUCGGCUGAGCAAGCUCACCAGAGGACAUUGCGACACGGCGGCUCCGAUGGAGGCUUUCCCUCUUAUGAGGUCACUCCUCAAGACUCAAGCCAAGAUUCAAGGCCGGUCUCCCGCUUGGGGUUGCCACACAGACCGGCGUCUUCAGAUAAUCUCUCUCAGAGAACUACAGCCGUUGACGACCGUGGUGCCUCUCGGUCGCAUCGAAGAGGCAUGUUUGGUCCCGACAAAGGAGGGCAAUCACUCCCCGUAUCUAGAGAAUCAAGUCCAUCGAGGAAUGCCGCUUCCCAAUUUUAUACGCGGCCUUUCACCCCUCAGGGUGAUGCAAAUGAUCCUUAUGCUGCCAGCAAACGACCAGCACAAUCCAAGAAUACUGGCACCAUCGACCAACGAUUUGUCUUCUCGAGGAAAAACAAGCAGUCCCCAACAAGCUCCACUACAAGCUUGCGAUCUGACAAAUCUGAUAAGCGUCAUUCCGGCUUCCUUGGUGGUAGAAAUAAAUCCGGUGAUCUCCCCUCCUCGGGGACUAAUUCUAGUGCACACCACCAUCACCACCAGAGCUCGAUGUCUGAUCUUCGGAGGUUUUUCAAGGUUGGCGGAAGUCAUAAACCUAAGAAGCUUCCUCACUCGCCCGCUGGACCAGCCUCUGGGGCAGGUUCACGUCCAAGCCACCUUCCCUUUGCCGACGAUCAUGGUCUUUCUUCAAAGUAUGGUAAAAUAGGUCGGGUGCUUGGGUCUGGAGCCGGUGGCUCGGUCAAGCUUAUGAAACGAAGUGAGGACAACACUGUUUUCGCGGUGAAAGAGUUCCGACCUCGACAUUCUUACGAAACUGAAAAGGAAUACACCAAAAAACUAACGGCUGAGUUCUGCUUUGGAUCGGCUCUCCACCACGGUAACAUAAUCGAAACAUUGGACAUCGUUCAGGAGAAAGGAAAAUGGUACGAAGUCAUGGAGUACGCCCCAUACGAUCUAUUUGCAAUAGUGAUGACCGGAAGAAUGAGCAAAGCGGAAAUCAACUGCUGCUUUUUACAAAUUCUCAGCGGUGUAACCUACCUUCAUGGUUCUGGUCUCGCCCACCGCGAUCUCAAGUUGGACAAUGUUGUCGUCAGCGAGCAUGGCAUUAUGAAAAUCAUUGAUUUUGGCAGCGCACAUGUUUUUAAAUAUCCUUUCGAGAGCGAGAUAGUACUCGCAAGUGGUAUUGUUGGGUCUGACCCGUAUUUGGCCCCCGAGGUGUAUGAUGAACGAAAGUACGACCCUCAGGCCGUUGAUAUUUGGUCCUUGGCCAUAAUAUUUUGCUGUAUGUCAUUACGACGGUUCCCGUGGAAGAUACCACGAAUGACCGACAAUUCUUACCGACUUUUUGCGUCAUCACCGACACCUGGUCAUGACCCUAAGCAACUGAUUCUCCCGUCAAGACUUACAAAUAACUCCACAGAGACCUCUUCACAGGAUGUCACUUCUUAUGAGUCGCCCAAGAGUCCGAGACAGAGCAAACCCGAGUUAUCUACGACAACGCAGACGGAUAACAAAGAUCCUGACCGGAAAGAAGUAAUCAAAGGGCCAUGGCGGUUGUUGCGUCUGCUUCCGAGGGAGUCUAGACACAUCAUAGGUCGAAUGUUGACUAUUGAUCCAAGGAAACGAGCCGACAUGGCUGAAAUACUUGACGAACCAUGGGUAUCAGAUACAGUUAUAUGUAGACAGGUUGGCCCCGGAAUGAUUGAGAAAGCUGAAGACCAUGAGCACGUUCUUGAGCCUCCCGCACCUGCUCCAUCCAAAUAGAGAGAAAUGAUCAGGUGGGAGUUUUAAGAUCGCCAUGUGGUCUUUCAUUUUAGGUUCAUGGGAUUGGGUUGAAUGGCUGUGUAUUUUUACACAGGGGCG